GAUGUAGCUAGCAGACCUGCAGUUCCUGGAAACAGAGGAUCGAGGCACAGUUACCCAUUGGUUUUCCGUACGUCACGUUCCUGGUGAAAGCUUUCUGGUGAAAAUCACAUUCACACUUGAUGGAAAGUUCCUCAUGCAUUUCUGGAUUGACAAGCGCAGCCAGACGUGUGGGUAUAACGGGCGGCGCUCACUGCCUAUGGGCUGUGGGACAAGACGGCCCCGCUGCAAGCCCAUGGUUACACCUGUCCACCGGUUUACACCGAUUGACUGUGGGCGGCGUAGCCAGCUGUCAGUGCCGCCCACAUUCGGUUCAUCCUCUGGCUCCCACCGACAGCCUGGGCCUCAUGCGGUUGAGGUGGACAGUAGUGUCUUCCUAGACUUGCCACUGGAACCAGCAACUGAAGCCACUGUCCACAGUAUAGCUCAACAACAGCUGCUGCCUGUAGGUCGUGUUAGGUGUGGCAUGUGGGCAUCAUUUGCACUUGCCACAGUUUUUGUGGCAGGAGCAAAAUUCUAUUUUGAUCAUGAGGGAGUACAUGGUACUGGGCUGGAGGUGUUGGUGUUCUGUUCGUUGCUGGUUGUGUUCCUGCUCGCAGGUUGUACUGUGUCGUUGUGUCGAUCAAGAGUGACCCGGGAAUUACUUUCAGCUGCAGUAGCAUCAAGUGCUGUUCAUGUCCAAUCUGCCCAGGCUGUAGCAACUUCUUCAUCAGCAACACCUGUCCACCAGACUCGUGAACGUCCUGUUGAAACAACGAGUGUGACAGUUCAGCAAGAAGUGGCUGAAAGGCAAGUGGUUGCCUUACCUUCGUCAAAUACAGUCCAAGUUCCCGAACCACCUCCCCCACCCUACCAUGUUGCAGUUCUGCUACCAGUUCAGCAGAGACCACAUCCACCUGGUGAUGAGUCGCCUCCACCCUCAUAUGAGAAGGCUGUAAGCUAA